AUGAACAACAGCAGUGCUAUCGAUACUACAAACAACAACAAUGAUGACGCAACCGCCGCCGCCUACACGUACAGCAGUAUGCCAUCCACAAUCCAGCAACGUGUGAUAUCGUCGAUCCAGAUACCUGUUUCCAUCUUUUCAUUGAUUGGCUCGUCACUGAUUGUGUACAACAUCAUCCGAAAGAACAGCAGCAACAGCAGCAAAAACACGCCACAUCGAAGAAUCAUGCUUGCGUUGAGUGUAUCCAACAUAAUUUCGACACUAGGAUGGAUGCUCCAACCAUUCUUAGUGCCAAGAAAAAAUGUGCCAGACCCAUGGGUCUAUGCAGUCGGGAACGAUGCCUCGUGUGUCAUGUUGGGUGCCAUAUCGCAAUUUAGCGUCAUUUCACAACCCUUGUAUUUGGCAUUCUUGUCACUGUACUUUCUCUUGACGGUCAAGUUUGGAGUCAAGCAACGGGACUUUGAAGCCAAAUACGAACGAUGGAUACAUGCAUCCAUCGUCCUAAUAGCUGUGUCCACAGCCAUGGGAGGAAUUUUCCUUGGAUUAUUUCGCCCCAAUGUAAUAUCCCCUGGUUGUUGGGUGAACCACGACCCUCAAGACGAGGGAUGCAACGGACGCUGGUGUAGAGAAAAGACUUUUGCGCUUGUGUUUGGUGCCAUCCCAUCCUUGGCGAGUCUUUUGGUCAUUUUUGGCAGCAACUUGAUGUUGUACGUUCAUGUACGAACAACUGUGAUUGAAGGACAGAAGAAGUCCAUGAGCAGCGAAAUGAAGUUGACAGACUUUCAAGCGUCGUUGAUGUCGUCGUCACCAGCACCUCUACCACCAGGGUCCACGUCACGGACUUUCAGCGAUACGCAACAGCAGCAGCAGCAGCAGCAGCAGCAAGUGGACGAAUGCAAUGUCGGGACGCGGGAAGAAGCAGUCGAUGCCCGCAAGAAGUAUACUCAUUCCAAUGCCUCAUUUAGUGAUAUCAGUGUCUGGAGCGGCGUCGGAGGUGGCGACGCCAAAAGGAGCGUCUUGAGGUCUUCCAACAAGCAGUGGAAGCGAGUUCGACAGGUGGGGCGUCAAGCCUUUCUUUAUGUCGGUGCCUACCUUCUUGCGUUUUCAUGGAGCCUUGCAUUGCACUGCUGUCUGAUUAUUCUCGAUGUUGAGCACCGACAAGGAUCUGAAGAUGUAGUGUUCCCAUUGAUGGUGUUACAAGCGAUCUUUGGCGGUUCGCUGGGCUUUAGUCUGGCCCUAAUAUUUUUCCUUCCAAAAAUCAAACAGGCUCGAAGGAAAUAUGACUGUGAGCCUUGGUGGUGGGUCUUUCAGCAAGUUAUCACUGGAGAAGCUGAAAAAGUCGAGCGCUUUUCUGGCAUCUCAAUCGCCAGCAGUGUAAAAGGCACCACCAGCACUCGGCAUCGGGACGUCGUCAUGCCCAAAAAGAACAAGAACUGGAACACCACAGGGCAGUCUAAAAACUCCCGACAACAAGAACAAGAACAACAAGAACAACAACAAGUACCCAGUGCCAUAAGCAUGAGCGCAAUGGUGAAUAUGUCGGAAAGCAUUUCUAUUGACGAUUUGAUUGAAGAAGAAGAAGAAGAAGCAGAUAUGGAUACAGCCGGUACGGAGUUGGAGCAUCAUCAUGAUGAUUCCGAAGCCUGCGACCACCAUCACCACCACCACCACCACCGAGAAGGUAGCAGUUUUAGUUUUGAUGAAGAGUUUGGAGAAUAG